UGUGGAUAUUGCUAAGAUUAUCACGCAGAUUAUUUAAAAAUGACCGCAACAAUUACCGAACAAUAAAUAGUGUAAAGUGAGAAGAACAUGUGAAAAAAUGAUGGUACAAGGCUCUCGCGUUGCGCAUCAAGCUAACAAAAAACAGUUACAGCGCCCAAAUAGUUGUUCAUCCUCGUACACUACUCAAACGCAAAAUGGAACUGCAACAUUUUCAAGUAGCGAACGCGAUUGUGAGAAUAGAACAUCUGCUUCAGCAACCGGCACUAAACAGCAUCACCAACAGCAAUUUACAAAGUUCCGAAGUAACCGCAGCGCUAGUAGCAGCCGAAUGACUAGCAAAGUUGUGGAGCCUAAAGUUGAUUGUCGACGGAAAAGCGCUUUAACGGGUACUUCAAUCUGUUUCACUGAUGGUCACGAAGAAGGGACGGUUAGUACGGAGCGAAUACCCAAGAUGGAAUUACUUAAACUAAAUUACGUAAAACUCAAGAACGAACAAACAAAACGGUUAAUCGAAAAUAAAAAUGCAUCUGCAGUUGAGAGAAAACAACAGAAGACAUCAUCUGCAUCAACUGGUGUAGACGAUGGUCCCAGUAGAAAAAAUCGUCAUGCAAUCGCGAGGGGAAACUUUAAUGCGACUGUAAAAGAUCCAGCCACUGCUGUAGAAGGGUUCGUCGGCAGUGAUGGAAACAAAGAUCAUCAGACAAAUGGUGGUGAGCAAGAAGAGGUGGCCAAAUCAAAAUAUCUCGUUUAUAAAAAGCAUAACGGAUUCGGUGCAAAUGUUUCUGGGAACACGGAUGCAUCAAUAGCUAAGCUACAAUACAUUAACGACUCUGAUAUUAAAAUGAAAGCAUCUGUGAAGAAAAAGUAUGGGUUGUUCGAAAAUAAGAAGAAAAACAAACUGGAAACAGUGCAAUAUUAUUUUGAUAGCCGCAGUUACGAACGCUAUGUGGAUAAUAAGUUAUACGGAGUAGUUAAUAAAACGGAGCAGCAGGAAGCUACUUCAUCAUUACCAUCUGUAAGUAAUGCUUGUAAUCCACAAAAACAACAAGCCGUUGCUGAGAAUAAAAUUCAAUCACAACAAACAAACAAUCGGCCCAGCAUGAUGCGAGUGAUAAAUCAGCCGGCUGCUACAAAUAGAACCGGCAAUGCAUCGCGACCAAAAACCAUUAAGAAAAAUCUUUCCCUCGAAGCACCUGCAGAGAUAGGUGUGCUUGAUGGUUUAAAACAGGAAAACUGCCGAGUAUUCAAACUACAAAAAAGCCAUACCAGCACCAACCUUCUAAUGCGCCAUAGAUCUAUGAACGACAUUCAUCGCAUCAAUCAGUUGUUUUUGGAUCCAACUGUUUCGAAACCCGAUUCGGAAACGACAUCAGAUAUACCACCACUACCUCAGCGUCAAACGAGCUGUUCUAAAAUAUCUCCUCAAAUUUCGAAAAAUCAAACUGCUCAAACUGUUGUAUAUUCUAAACCGGCGGAAACAAAUAGUAUAGAAAAAUCAAAGCUUCGCGAGCCUCCUGUACAUCGGUUUGAAAAACAUCGGAAAUCUGAUGAACCUUCUGCAAAACAGCAAAAGUAUCUGGUACACAAGCGUCUGAGCGCUCGGUAUAAAACCAACGACAAUUUAGCAAAGAUCAAUGCCAAUCAGGUGGUCCCAGAACAGUUCUCAACGGAAGAUACAAUAAGGAAGCGCAUUCGGCAGAUUAUUGACAGUCAACAUCAGAUUGGGUCGACGGAAACAAUUGAUCAAACUCAGGAUCAUGUGUCACAGUUAUUUCAACCACAUCACAAAGAUGAUCUCAAUUCUAUUACCCCGACUCGUACGAAGGAGAUUGGGAAAUUCCGGUUUCAGAGAUCAAAGUCCGCCACUCGCCUUUUAGGACAUGACGCUGAUCGAAGAAAGUUAGAUGACGAAGUAAGCAGCGACGUUAGUGUAAGAAGUAGCAAAACAACAUGUGGAUACAAAAACUGCAAUUAUUCCAACUGUCCUAUGUCAUCUUCCUCUUCUGCUUCUUCUACCGUCUCGUCCACCAAUUGUUUCUCGGAUCGAAAUAACGAUAAACUGAAUGCAUGUGAAGAGAUUGUGAGUAUUGGUAUUAAACCAAUUUCUAAUCAAUCUCGACAUUCUUUCAUUGAUUAUCGGAAAGAAACAUCCGAAAUCAUAACCAGCGGCAAACGAACAUCUAUUGUUAUCAAUGAUGAUGAAAUUCCUGUAAUGGAAGCUACAAGAGAUGUGUUAAUUAACAAUGUACUCAAUGAAAAGCUUACAAACAGUAACAGAGAAAAGCAAAACAAUAAUGUUCACAUUCUCUUUUCCAAAAUGAAUGAAUCUGAACUGGAUUCCAAUCGUAUAAUAAUCGAGAAGUGCAUAGAAUCGGCACGAGGACACAACGGAGCAGAAACAGUUGGCAACUUUGGAACAGCGCAAAAGUUCUGGAGUCAGCAAAAUCAACGAAAUAUAAAACUAAAAAAUAAUCCGCAAACCAAGGCAUAUGACGACAAAAUUAACAUAAAUAACAAGAUCAGAAACGAAGAGAAUAACAGUAUUAGAAUAUUCAUCAGCAGCAAUAAUCAGAUGUCAAGCAAUAGUGCAUCCGAGCAAUCUAUGUCUCUUAUAUCCAACGCAAAUCAUGAUACUCAUAGUAACAGAUCUUCAACCUGCUCCUCUGCAUCGACCACGUCAUCGUCGUGCGGGUCAACGAGCGGAGAAUCUGACAAAGACGACGGAUACUGCGACCACAGUGAAAGAUCCGUUUCACCAACAAAGCAACCUUCUUCAAUCGUUUCCACCAUCAGCACCGAAAGUAGCAAUAGCGGCACCAUAUGCAGUGAAUCUACAAACAUUUCCAGCAUAACCUGCACAGGAAGCAGUAGUAGCCUUCACGGCAAUGGUUUAGCCUGGGGAAAAGAUAUUCAAAAGGCCAAUCGCUUCACUUCCAAGACCAAUAUCAGACUGGGUCGAGAUGGUGCUUUAUUCCUUAACAACGGAUGUUUUACGGAUGAAUCAGAUCAGGCAGUGAGACAUGCUGCAAACAGUGACGCUGGUGCACCGUCGGUGUGCUGUUCUAAUGGUGAAGAAAACUACUGUCGUUGUUGCAAAAAACAUAAUAGUACAGCAUUCGGAGGGAACACAUGCAGCAAGCCCUGUCUUGUUAGUUCCAUAAACAUUGAUGAUAAUGUUGUCGAGUGUGAAAAUGAAGGUCUACUCUCAGUCAUUGCAAACAGUGUGAAUAGAGAAGAGUUCAUCUAUAAAAAAUCUGGCACUACCUGCGAGUGCAGCAGAAGUAUGAAAAACAUUCCAAACAAGAUUGAAAGUUUCUCAACGCGGCCAAUCUCGAUUGAAGGACCACCUGACUCCGGAAUAUCAAUCAGUAGCGAUACGAUCAUUGCUAAUUCAGAUAGUGAUCUCAACCUUCAAAAUCAAACCGAUUCUGAUGAACGAAAACUUAAGCGAGGCCAUGUGUUAGCCGAGUUGUUGGAAACGGAACGUAUCUAUGUGGCUGAAAUGGGAUCAAUUUUGAAAGGAUACAGAGACGAGAUGCUCUCGGAAGAGAUGAGUUGCCUGGUACCACCAGGUCUACAAGGAAAAUCAGACAUACUGUUUGGUAAUCUACAUGAGUUAUACACCUUCCACAAUGACAUCUUUUUGAAAGACUUGGAGAAUUGUAUUUCUACCACUGAACUUGUCGCUUUAUGCUUUGUUCAACGGCGCGAUACUUUUUUCCGUCUCUACUCGUACUACUGUCAAAACAUACCCCGUUCCGAGCGUCUACGAGAGACACUCGUCGACACGCAUCUGUUCCUGCAGGAGUGCCAAAAGAAGCUAGGGCAUAAACUGCCCCUUGCCGCAUAUCUUCUCAAACCCGUGCAAAGGAUAACCAAAUAUCAAUUGCUUUUAAAAGAUCUACUCAAAUUUAGCGACACUGGGACAUGCUCCCGUGAGUUACAGAAAGCUUUGGAUUGCAUGUUGGUUGUUCUAAAAUGUGUUAAUGAUUCUAUGCACCAAAUAGCUAUUACUGGUUUUCCGGCCGAUCUAUCCCAGCAAGGGGAACUGUUGCUACAAGAUUCGUUCCAAGUAUGGACGGAAAGUAAAAAAGACUUACGAUUGAGAUUGAAAACACAAAACAGGCACAUUUUUCUCUAUCAGAAGGCAAUGCUGUUUUGUAAGCAGGGCUCUAAAACGGGUCAUAAUAAGAGCACCUAUCAAUUCAAGCAUUGGUUGCAGAUGUCUCAAAUAGGUCUCACAGAGUCCGUGCGUGGUGAUUCGCGCCGGUUUGAAGUGUGGUUGCAAGGUCGCCAGGAGGUACACACGAUACAAGCCGGAACGAUUGAAAUUAAAAACAAAUGGGUCACAGAAAUUAAACGAGUUUUGUUGAAUCAGCUUGAAGAGCUGAAAGGUGAAAAAAUCAAACAGUAUGGACUGAACCACAAAUCAUUGCGUCACACGGCGUCAUGGGACUUACCACCAACGAUCCAUAACGCAUCGAGCCACGCAUUGAGUGGCGAUCAACAAGCUAAUGCAAGUGGGAUUGUUACACUUUCGCAGGAUGUCGUUUCACGCAUACCACACAUGAAUGAAGAAGGCAUUAUGAAUGCCACUGGAAUUUCGUCGUCGUCUUCGGAGCACGAUAAUCAGGAAGCAAAUGCAUGGAGCUCUGAUUAUUCAAACAGUGAGGACGAAUUUACAACUGUGGAAGACAGCGUAGUUCCUGGGCAUAAAUUUAUUUCGCUAGCCGAUUAUUGCGCAAUAGGCAAUUCGGAGGUGACGAUGAAAGAAUCAGAUGUUGUUGAAUUGCUCAAAGUAGGUUGUGCUGGCUGGUGGUUCGUAAAAGUAAUCGCCACUGGUCUAGAAGGAUGGGCACCAGCAGCCUAUCUGGAACCCAGCAAUAGGAAAAAUUCUCGUCUUCGUAGUGCUCGUAGUCAAGAUAAAUUAAAUGAUAACUAAUAGUCAGUUGAAUUACCAAUAUAACACGUCAUUUUGACAUCAUGAAUAGAGUAUUAUUUUGUAUCUCCUAGCCAAAGUAUAGUGGAAGUGGUUAAUCUGGGCUCCACCCCACCGGUAGAAUUUGACUCCGAUACCUAUGUUGAAGUUUGUUUUAUGAUUUGAUCUUAAGAAUAAGUUUGUAUUUAUAGUAGGCGACAUUGCUCGCUGGAAACCUGAUAAACGUCGAUCUGUAGCAAUAAACAUAGUUGAUCAUACAUAACAGCCACUGUCGUGAGAAUAAAGUUCCA